AUGUCUUCCGAGAUCCCAAGCUCAGUUUUGGUUCAACUGAUGCAGUCGGGCGACUUCAGCGAUCUGAAGUUUCUCUGCAAUGGCGAGGAGUUCAAGGUCCACAAGGCGAUUGUUUGCACGCAGUCUCCGGUGAUCAAGGCGGCCACUGAAGGAUCUUUUGAGGAGUCACGCACCAACGUUAUCAAAAUGGACAACUUCGAUCCCAGAGUCGUGAGACAGCUGGUGCAAUUCAUAUACACUGGCGACUACGAAGUUGACGGGGACCAACAUGUGACUCCCGACCAAGGAACUUGUGAAGGCGUCAGCGACAAGGUUGAGGAAGGUACACUGUCGAAAAGUCAAGCUCCACCUGAUGAAGACCAACCCAACAGCACAAGUUCCUCCUUGCCAACCGCGUCAGAUGCGGGAGCGGCGGAUCCUCUUCUCCAACACAUCCGCGUCAAUUCUAUCGGCGACUAUUACGGGGUGGAGAGACUUGUUUCACUAGCGAACAGGAAGAUUAAGUGUCUUCACAAGGAUGCGAACGACAAGUCUUGGGUUGGAUGCCUGCCCGCCGCAAUCGAAGCAGCGUCCCAGUCAACAGGAGAUCACCAAGUCCAGGAAAUCCUGGCUGAAGCGACUGCAGAGAAUCUUCCCACUCUGCUGUUUUCCACUCUGCUGGUGUCAGAUCGAUUCAAGAGCCUCAGCCUCUUCACGGACUUCUCAAUAAGAGUCUUGGAGUAUUGUGCCCUUAAUAAUAAAACCCUCAAGUAUAAGCUCGCGACCGCGCACUCUUCCCACGCCGAGACGCAAAAGCAGGUCAAAAUCCGAGAAAUGGAGAUCGAAAAGUUGAAAGAGUGCAUGAGGGUCUUGAACAAGACCAGCGAGUGCAGGAAUUGCGCUGCUGAGUUCAAGUGUACGAUUGACCCGAACGAGCGUCUUUUGCGGUGCGCCAAGUGCAUGUGCAAGCACUACUAA